GGGAUGGAUCUUGGCAGUGCUGGGGGCCCUGAGGGAGCUGUGAAGAGGAGCACAGACCACCUGGCAUGGGAUUCAGCUGCCUCUGCCCUAUGAAUGAGUUGGAAUGUGUUAGGGGCAGUAAGCAACACAUUCCCUUCUGUAAUUCAAGGACUGGGGCAGAUAAGGGGGUGGUGCCACACUGAUGCCCUGCAGCAAACCCCAGUGCCAUCCAGGUGCCCAGGGAUGGCUGCACAAACUCUCCUGUCCCCCCAGCCAGCAGCGUCUGCAGGGCUAUUGCCUGUAAGUAUGAUUGCCUUCCAGCAGAUGGCAAGCUCUCAUUGGCGAUGCAUUGAGCAGCAGCAGUGCUACUCAGUCCUGAGGUUCAGGAGAGACGCGGGGCUGCAGCUUCAUGCACACCACAGAGGACAGUUUCUCUUUGCUCCCUCUCCUACAUACACAGGUGUCUGCUAGGAUCCCAGCCAGGAACCCGGGUGAGGGCACCCAUAGCAAGGUACAUUCCCAAAUUGCAGUGCCUGAAGCUUCCCCGUGUUCUGACGGAUGGCAGCUGCAGGUUUCUUUGAUCAGAGCUGUAAGCUCUGCCUACCCCUUCUGGAUUGUUGCCCAGAGCUUUCAUGUGUGUGAGGAGUUUCCCUUAGGAUUUCUCCCCAGCUUUUUAUGCUAACCCAGGAGCUUGAUCCUACCCCUUUUAGAUCACUUUGGCAAGCAAGUAAAAGGAGAAGCAGGGAAAAAGCCACUGCCCAGUCUCUUGGGAUGGGAGGGAACCGAGCAGGGGACAGGCACCCAGAGGAGCUCUGUUUUGUAGGGGGAAGCAAUUCCCUUUAUAUGGAGAUGGAGAGACUUUCUUAUCCUUGCUGGUCUGGAGGACCACAGACAGUUCUUCACCCACAGCCAGCAUCAGUGCCAGGAGGGAACAGCCCCUGGGGGAAUGAAUGCAGACAGAGAAGCAAACAAUUAUACUAUUCUGUGUCUGUGAGUCUUCUCUAAUGGGCCUUGAUAUUGUUAUGAUGCUGAGGACACGCUGAAAUUAAAUAACACUGCAUUCAGCUGGCAUCUAUUCCCUUGGAAACACAGGUACAAAUGCAUGUAAGCACUCUCCGGUGACAAUGAAUAUUCAUUAAUGUGACACAGAAGCACACUUGAUUUGAAAAUAAGGACAGUAAUUAAAGAGCUAUUAAGGUUAAAAAGCAAAGGAGUUGCGUUGGGAUCGGGCUGUAACUGAUCCGUGCACAGAAUUGGGCCAGAGUUUCUGGCUCAUUUUACAUGGCUCAUCAUGGGAUGCUGUGGGCUCUGCCCCACCCCCUGCUCUCAGCUGUACAUUGCCUGAACAUUUAGGGUUUGGUCUCCAUCCCACUGUGCUGCUGCUGCUCAUAUCCACUCUUGCGUGUUUCUCCAUUGAGAGGAAAUCAUCCCGUGCCAUUCUAUGGCGUCCCUUCUCAUUCCAUCGCAUUGCAUCACACCUCAUUCCGUAGUAUCCCGUACCAUCUCACCUCUUCCCUUCUGGGAGGCGACUCCGCUCCGCGACACCCGCAGGUGCCGGAGCCGCCCUGGGCGCCGCCCGCCCGCCCCUCCCGGCCUCUCCCUGCCCGCUCCGCCCCUCGGCUCCGUUCAUCUCCCGGCUCGGCGGAGCUCGGCACGGCGCUGCCCCGCUCCCACCAUGCAGGCAGCCGGGCGGCUGCGGGCCGCGGUGCUGAGCGCGGCUUUGCUGGCGCUGUCGGCGCUGGCGCUGCUGCUGCUGCCGGCACUACGGGCGGGCUCGGCGCUGCCGCCGGGUUUGCUGGAGGAGCUGCGGCAGCGGCGGCGCGACCUGCGGCGGCUGGAGGCGGGCGGGAAGGCGGAGGAGGGAGGGCUGAGCUGCGGGGACGUGCGGAGGGCGGCGGGCACCGCGACGGUGCUGGGCUCCGGAUUCACCAAGGUGGUGGUGCGGGCGGCGCUGGAGGGUGGAGGGGCCGUAGCGCUGAAGUCGGUGCACGGAGCGGGCAGGGAGGUGCGGCAGUGCGAGCAGCGGUACGGGGCGCCCGACGGCUGCCGACGGCUGGCCGCGUACAAACUGCUGAAGGAGGUGACGCUGCUCCGGCUCCUGCGGCAUCCCGGCAUCGUACAGCUGCACGGGCAGUGUUAUGACAGCGGCGGGGAGCCCGAAGCCGGGGUUACGGCCGUGCUGGAGCUGGGAGCCCCACUGGAGAUGAUCCAGCUUCUGCAGACGCCCUGGGAAGAGAGAUUCAAAAUUUGCUUGGGCCUUGUGGAGCUGCUGUUUUACUUGGCACACUCCCCCCUGGGUUCAAUAGUCCUCUUGGACUUCCAGCCGAGGCAGUUUGUUAUGGUGGAUGGGAACCUCAAAGUGACAGACAUGGAUGAUGCCAGCACUGAGGAGCUGUCAUGUGAGGAGGAUAAUGACUGCACACUUGACUUCCCCACAAAAAGCUUUCCUCUGCAGUGCUCUUCAGCUGGGAAGUGCGAAGGAAUAAACGAGAAGAGGAAUCUCUUCAAUGCAUAUCGGUAUUUUUUCACCUAUCUUCUGCCACACUCUGCACCACCAGCUCUGCAGCCCUUUUUGAGUGAUAUUUUGAAUGCAACAGGUAACUUACGAUAUGGAAUAAAUGAAACCCUCAGAGCUUUUGAAAAGGUUUUACAUCUGUACAAGUCUGGGCUCUAUCUGCAGAAAAGACCUAUUCUUUUAAAAGACUACAUCUUCCUGAGGGGCUUCCGAACAGAAGAAGCAGAGGCCUACAAGUGCUGGCCUUCCUACAGCCACCUGGGCUGCCUGCUGUCUGUCCACAGCCCCGAGGAGGCCGCUGCCAUUUGUAGCUCCCAGCCACAGUGUCAGAGUUUCAUCAUCACCCAGCAGAGAACAUGGACAGGACGCCCACUCGCCUCAUUUCAGAGCAGCCCAACUGAUUUAAUACCGGAUACUACUGCUGUAGUCUAUAUUAAACGAUCAGCUUCCUUAGGGAGAAGACUUUAAAGACAAUGAGAUCAUAUAAAACAAUCCUGGGAGGAACAAAUCACUGGGGAGAAGUUCAUCUCCUGGAAGGAAUGUCAUUCCUUUUUUACUUGGGUUGUGAUCUCCCUGCCAGCUCAGAUUGAGUCAAAUGCUGCUGUCUCCUUGAUCAAAGCUCCAAUUUCUUGUUGCAGAACGCUCCUUCCCCGCAGCCCCACUAGCUUGUUUAGCUGUUCCCACACUGCUGUUCCGCAUAAGCAAUCUCAGUUUUAGUCAAAUGUGGCCAGGCUCUGCAAUACCUGGCCUUGCUGCUUCAGUAGUCAGCUUUUCAGCCAAAAAAUAGCAAUAGCUGCAGGGACCUGGCUGGAGUAAGCCCAGUUUGCUCAGCAGACUCCAAAUAACUUAGAGAUAACACACGCUGGAGAAUGUAGCGGCUCCUCCUGCAGCUGCCAACAAGGUUUUCACACCACUGCAGAUGGAAGGGCUUCAGGUUGGGGUCCAUAUCCAGAGCUGAAGCUGUGAAUGGCCUUCUGAGAAGGGUCAUGGCUCAGCUCCUUUGUGUCAGAGAAGGGAGGCAGUGUGGAGUUCAGCUCUGGAACCCAGUGUCAGGGUGCUUGGAUGCAGGAUUUGGGUUUGACCAGGUGUGAUUUGCAAUGCCAGAUCCCACGUAUCAACCUUGAAGGUUUUUCUGUUACUUUCUGUGAAAGAGCGAGACGUUCAAAUUAUUUAUGUACAAAGUGUUACUCUGUAUGGUAAAGAAUGACUAUGUUUAUUCUAAGCA